GCACCGUGUUUAUACGUGAGAGAGAUUGUCGACAGGGAUGCACAAUCGCCCACACCCCGCGAAGCCAUGGAAGUUACCGAGCUACUUCGUCGAUACAUUGGUGGCAAUGACAAGGACGCAAGAGAGAUUGCAAAACUUGAGCGUCAGUCGAGAAGCGUGGACACAACGGAAGAAGACAUCAAGUCUGGCCACCACUUCUUUCUCGGAGGCCUCAAACAGCGAGCAAAAAAUGUCUUGACGUUUUGCGCUGCGCUGGAGAACAAUAUCACGGAGCUUGACGACUCCGCUCGGGAAGCACCAUUACCUUGGACCCUGAAAUAUCUCGUUCUCAAUGCGUUCCAACACCUCUUUCCUGAUCGUGGCUUUCGUCUGGAUUCGCAUGUCAUUUUCUUCUGUGCGCUGCCACAAGAAUGUCAAAUCGGCGAAGAACUUAUUUCGCGGAGUGCGCAGGCCUAUUUUGAAAUAGGCACUGGGCUCAGAGUCACGCCCGCAGGUAUCAGCGUGAGC